AUGGGCAAGAAACGACCCCAUUCUGACGGCGAGCCCUCGGGACAUGGUGUUGAGGAUGGGGCGAGGAAACGGCCUCGGAUCAAACGCCCGCACAAAUCGAAAACCGCUGCCGCAAACACGGACAGUCUCAGUGCCAUCAAGAAGCGCGCCAGGGCAAUCGAGAGACUGCUUGCCCGGGACAACCUGAAGCUCCCAGCAAACAAGCAGAAUGACCUGGAACGAGAAUUGGUAGCACACAAACAGCGCAUCGAGGAUAUACGGUUCAAGAAGGAGAGGAGCAAGAUGAUCGCGAAGUACCACAUGGUCAGGUUCUUUGAACGGAAAAAGGCGACGCGCUUUGCGAAGCAGCUCGAAAAAAAGGCGGCCCAAGCUACCGACCCGGAGGAGGUGGCUCAGCUCAAAGCGGACCUCCACGUUGCUCAAGUCGACAUUGACUAUGCCAGAUACUUUCCCUUCAUGGAGCCCUACGUCAGCCUGUAUGCCGCUGCCGCGGCAGGAGAGAAGGAGGCGGCCAAUACAGCCGCACACUAUCUGCGCACCUCGCGGCCACCCAUGUGGGCUGUUAUCGAGAAGACCAGGGAGGAGGGUCAGGCGGCACUGGAGAGGCUGCAGAACCGGCGACCACAGACCAGUUCGAACUCCGAAACCACUCCCAAGCCGGUAGAACGCACUGUGUCGGCCAAACAGUCAUCGUCGAAGAAGACCAAGGGGACGCCGAAAUUGAAGUCGAAGACGUCAGCCAGGGGCAAGCCAAAUAAGACAGAGGAGGAACAGACGGACUCGGACUCGGACUCGGACGACAGCGAUGGCGGCGGGUUUUUUGAGGAGGACUAA